UAUUAAAGCCAUAGAUUGCAUAUUAUGUUUGUUUGUUAUACUGUAUGUUCGGCUUCGGUGUCAAACACUUGUGGACAGACAUGCAAUACAUGUGACCUUCAGUUAUGGCGUCUUUGUUUGCAUUCAACCAAUAGGUAGUGAUCACCAAAAAUAAUAGAUCCCUCAAAGACAACACCGUUUAUUUAGUGGCCAACAAAACAUCCCACCGCAAGACGUGCCAAGMCSUACAAAGUUUUUUUUGACACCAUAUAAGACAACUGUGCCAUCAAUUGAUCCAAACGUUUGAGAGCUCUUCAUAUUUUUCCCUCCAUUGUCUUCAUAUACACCACCACUUCAUUGCCUCAAUGGACAAAUCGUGUGCCAAAAAGUCUUGACCACCAAAAAUAUGACGGGUUUUUACAGACAAUGAGAAACUCAUUGACAACAACGACAACCAAUGAAUCGAUUAGUUCUUCGGACGUAAUGAACAUAAACCACAGUAUCACUAUUGAGACCAACAAUAGGACAGCUAUGCCAUUGAGUCAGUCGAUGGCUGCCUCAGUGGCCGUCAAAAAAUCGCAGCCAAAAGUCAAGUGUGUCGAUAGCGGCGGUUCGCGACCAACAAAAAGACCGCCAUCGGAGCGACGGUUCAAAUGCGAUCAAUGCGAACGUAUGUUUUUCACCCGCAAAGACGUCAAAAGACAUCUCGUAGUGCACACAGGUAUCCGAAACUUUGCCUGUCCUUACUGUACGCAACGAUUUGGACGUAAAGAUCACUUAGUACGGCACGCAAAGAAAAGCCACAAUCGGGACACCCGGUCAUCGACCACAAUGAAAGGUUCGUCGAGUUCUUCAGCUCAUCCAAACUCAGCAAACAUCAAAUGCCAAACAAUGCCAAAUCUAAUUGAGCCAAAAAUGACUGCCAUUCCUGUAUUGGGUCACCAAAUGGCACACAAUCAUCACCACAACAGUCAUAUGAAACAGACGUUCAACUAUUCGGGUAAUCAGAAUUCAGUUUUGUUGGCCAACAACACAGUAGUCAACAAUAAUCACAAUACCAGUGCCGUAGACAAUCACUGUCCAAACAAUAAUAAUUAUCCACUCAAUUGUAACGCCAAUGUUAAUGGCAUUGGGAUGACAGCCGGAAUCCAUGCAAACGAGUCAUUAUGUCAUUACAUGCCUGGAUGUCAUAAUUUUGAUGACAUGAUGUCGCCCAAUGCCCAUAAAAGUGAGACACCAUCGCCACUAACACCGCACCAUUACUUUACAUUUCCAGUGAAUUCCAGUGCACUGUCCACCUAUCCAUUGGCCAAUCAUUGUCCAUCAUUUAUACCUAACUGUUUGGUAACCAAUACAGGGCCGCUGCCGUCGAACAGUUCAUGCGGCCAAACAACGACCGCUGUAGCAGCUUUCGGUAUACCGGUGUCUAAUAUGGUGUCCAAUAAUAAUAAUCAUAACCCAAUUACCUCAAACCACCCCCCGAUCCACACAGCAUUCUCUGUGGACGUCAAUCCAUCACUACCUCACUUCAAUCAGGCCUUCCAAUAGGUCCAUAUCAUACAAGUAUAGAUCAAGUCAUUCAUUAAUUGCUCAAAUAAGUGCCUCAAAUGAAAUGAAAUACAAGAUUAUUAAAGAGAUCACUAAAUGAAAUAAUAUUAUUAUUUUUAAUUAAGAAAAAGCAAACAAAUAAUGAAAGCGCACAGAAAAUACAAACAAAUGAAACAAUUUUUAAUUGAACCCAAAUCUACCUCAAGAUUACCUCAAGAUUUAUACCUCAAGUUUAUAAAAAAACAAAUGGAUUGAAAUGCUCAACAAAAGUGAUUAUAUAAUAUCGAUUGUUUAGACGUUUAUUACGAUUAUUACUAUUAUUAUUAUAACUAGAAAUGAAUAUUUAGUUGAUAUUAUUACUUUAUUUUUUUAUAUAUAUAAAUAUACCGGUAACUACUA